AUGCUGACUCCGGGAAAUCGGAAAGGAACAGUCUUAAAGAUAAACUUUACCGUUCGGGAUCAGCUCCUGCAACAAUCCGUUGCGGAAUCGUCCAAGACGCCCUCAGAUCAGCGCUCAUUGCGCCAGUAUGUCGUCUAUGCCCCGUUCUCCGUAUACAUGCCUUUGUCUCUGGCGCGUUGUGAAGGCGUCGAGCGCGCAAUCGGGAUCGAUCAAGUGCGGAGUAGCGGACGAACCGUUCCCCAGUCCUCCCGUUGGGCCGUUACUCCUAUCAAGUCUCGCAGCCACGACGUUGGAGGCCAGACAAACCGCUGGACGCAGCGCAGGAGCAUCGGCGCAAAGCCAAGAUUGCGGGUUAUUGCGAUCAUCAUCCGGAAUAAGAAAAUCAGCGCGUUCUCACAGUUACGAUCUAACGGGGCUCGUAUCUUUACUCGUUUUCUCCGUCUGCCCAGCGCGGACGGCGGGGAUGUCCACUUCGGUUAUGAUCCGUUACACGAACCCACGCGCCUGGUUCCUUCGUUACGAUCCUCAUCCGUUGGUGCCACUGCUAAGCCCGGCCGCUCGAAGGACCACCGCCUCACCUGUGGCGCAGGGACACUCUUGGCUGGGUGCGUUCCGGUGCUUUUCGCCUGCAUCAGCUGA